CGGCCUUACAGUUACGUUUCUCCCUAAAAGGUAACAACAUAAUGUCAAAUUAGGCAUACCUUCAGGCGUUCCGUGAAAUUAAUUGAUUGGCGUACUAUUGAAAACAAAGUUCAUUUCUGUUUGUAAUAUUUCAACAGAGCAAUAAAUAUUAAAUGUUAAAUAUCCACCAACAAGAAGCAUUUGCCCAUAGUGAUCCUUGCUUCUUCCGAUUGCCACUAGAGUGCGCUGUUGUUUGCGCGGAAAGCCGGACGUCAACAGCGCAGUUGAAAUGUAAACACACAGGCUUUGUGUAGCCCCGAAUUUAACGAAUUAUUCCAAAAAGUUCCAACAAUGAAGAGAUAUAAGGAACCACUCAGACCUGCGGCAAAAAGAGCCAAAGAAACAAAUAAAAUCGCGCCAAAACUGUGGAAGCGUGAGGAGGUGCUUGUUCUUCUCGAUGUCUACGAAUCAGCACUGCUGCAAUUGAUCAAUGGUACGAUAGAAACCGAAGAUGAUUUGUGGAUUACGGUGUCGGAAAACCUGUACGAUCAGGGCAUAGACGCAUCUGCAGUUCAUUGUCAAAGCAAAUGGAAUCUGCUGCAAAAAACGUACUUGGCUAACCCCGACAUUAAAGGUGCUUUUUUCGUGAAAGUCAAACAAAUACUGGAUACAGCAGCCAGUGUAGAGGAACGUACCGUAGAAUCGUUGGAAGAUGAAAUGAAGGAAGAAAUACGUGAAGAAGAGGCUGAGAACACAUGCAAGGAAGAACGGCUUGAAGAUGAGAUAGUAGCGGAAGAGAUCGUCAUGGAAUUUCCACACACCGAGGAACAUACUACGAAUUCUUUCACCACCGAACGAGUCGCGGAAUUACUUGCUGGCGAAUCAGAAGCUGGCUUGCGGCCGUUGAUCGAGCGAUUGUGUGGCAAAAUAGAUACACUUACCGAGAUGCAGCACCGGCAAGAGGCACGACUGCGGGAGGUUUAUCAAAUGCAGCGCACUAAUGAAAAUCAUUUAUUGAAAAUUAAGAAACAUCUUAAUAUAGCUUAA